CAGCGCAGCAGUGUCUGUGUGCCCGCGGCGUGAAGAGGCAACACCCUCACACCUCUAUUUAUGUUGCUGUCCCCUUGGCGAUUCUUCCAUCUUCCAUUUCCAUGGCUUCCUCAAUCUCAAUUCCCGCUCCCGAGGCCGUGCAGGUUCUCCUCUCUUUACUCGCCGACGACUCUUCCUCCGUCAGAGAGGCUUCCAUGUCCUCUCUCAAGGACAUUGCCGCACUGAAUCCUCUUCUGGUUCUCGAGUGCUGCGCCGUCGUUUCGCGCGGGGGACGUCGGCGAUUUGGGAAUAUGGCUGGAGUUUUUCAAGUGAUGGCGUUCGGAGUUCGAGCUCUCGACAAAAGAGACGUUGAUUCUGCUUUCAUGGCUAAGCUUGCUAAGAUUGCUACCGCUGAGAUGAUAUCCUCUAAGGAACUAAAUUCUGAUUGGCAACGCGCAGCAACAAGCCUACUUGUGGCAAUUGGCUUACAUUUACCUGAUCUUAUGAUGGAAGAAAUUUUUCUUCAUUUAUCUGGGACAAAUUCAGCAUUACAGUCUAUGGUCCAAAUCCUUGCAGAAUUUGCUUCUACAGAUCCCUUGCAGUUCAUUCCCCGUUGGAAAGGUGUACUUUCGCGAAUUUUGCCAAUUCUUGGAAAUGUGCGAGACAUGCACCGGCCAAUUUUUGCAAAUGCAUUUAAGUGUUGGUGUCAAGCUGCUUGGCAAUAUAGCAUAGAUUUUCCUUCACAUUUUCCCCAAGAUGGUGAUGUCAUGUCUUUUCUAAAUUCCGCUUUUGAACUUUUGUUGAGAGUUUGGGCAGCUUCACGGGACCUAAAGGUUCGUGUGGCAUCUGUGGAAGCACUUGGGCAGAUGGUUGGUCUUAUAACUCGAACACAAUUAAAGGCAGCCCUACCAAGGCUUAUUCCGACAGUAUUGGACUUGUAUAAAAAGGAUCAAGAUAUAGCUUUUCUGGCUACAUGUAGUCUCCACAAUCUGUUAAAUGCGUCUUUACUCUCAGAAAGUGGCCCACCUAUGCUUGAUUUUGAGGAUUUGACUCUUAUUUUAUCAACACUUCUACCUGUUGUUUCCAUCAAUAAUGACAGCAAAGACCAAGCAGAUUUCUCUGUGGGACUGAAGAUGUAUAACGAGGUUCAGCAUUGUUUUCUGACGGUUGGCUUGGUGUAUCCAGAUGAUUUGUUUUUGUUCCUUGUAAAUAAAUGCAGGUUGAGGGAAGAACCAUUGACUUUUGGUGCACUCUGUAUUUUGAAGCAUCUUUUACCAAGGUUGGCUGAAGUUUGGCAUAGUAAAAUACCUUUACUAGUUGAAGCUGUAAAGUCCUUGCUUGAGGAGCAGAAUUUAGGUGUUCGAAAGGCUCUUUCUGAGUUGAUUGUUGUUAUGGCUUCUCAUUGUUACUUGGUUGGUUCAUCUGGAGAGCUGUUCAUUGAGUAUCUCGUACGUCAUUGUGCUAUAACUGAUGAAAACCGGAGUGAUCUAGAGAGCACACCAAAUAAGAGAAUAGAGAUGAAAAUUGGAACAGUUACUCCUGGGGAGUUAAGAGCAGUUUGUGAAAAAGGUCUCCUUUUAGUAACUAUCACGAUUCCAGAAAUGGAGCAUGUUCUUUGGCCUUUUCUUUUGAGGAUGAUUAUUCCACGGACCUACACUGGUGCUGUGGCCACGGUUUGCAGGUGCAUAUCAGAAUUGUGGCGGCAUAGGUCAUAUGGCAAUGAUAUGUUGAGGGAGUGUAAAACCCGUCCUGAUAUACCAACUGCGGAGGAACUUCUUGCCCGUUUGGUUGUGCUUUUGCAUGAUCCUCUAGCAAGGGAGCAAUUGGCCACCCAAAUUUUGACAGUUCUAUGUCUUCUGGCACCUCUAUUUCCCAAAAAUAUCAAUUUAUUUUGGCAAGAUGAGAUUCCAAAGAUGAAGGCAUAUGUUAGUGAUACAGAAGACUUGAAACAGGAUCCAUCAUAUCAAGACACUUGGGAUGACAUGAUAAUCAAUUUUCUUGCAGAAUCUUUGGAUGUGAUUCAAGACGCAGACUGGGUUAUGUCUCUUGGAAAUGUUUUUGCCAAACAUUAUGAACUUUAUGCUUCUGAUGAUCAACAUGCUGCACUUCUUCAUCGGUGCUUGGGGAUUCUGCUUCAAAAGGUUAAUGAAAGAGCUUAUGUCCGUGAUAAAAUAGAUUGGAUGUAUAAGCAGGCAAACAUUGCAAUUCCAACAAAUAGACUUGGGUUGGCCAAAGCAAUGGGAUUGGUUGCUGCAUCCCACUUGGAUACAGUGUUGGAGAAGCUGAAGGAUAUUUUAGACAAUGUUGGACAAAGCAUAUUUCAGAGGAUACUGUCAUUGUUCUCUGAUAGUUUUAGAACAGAAGAGUCUGAUGACAUACAUGCUGCUUUGGCACUAAUGUAUGGAUAUGCUGCAAAGUAUGCGCCAUCAACAGUUAUUGAAGCCAGAAUAAAUGCCCUUGUUGGAACCAACAUGCUCUCACGGCUUCUUCAUGUGCGUCACCCCAAAGCAAAGCAAGCUGUCAUAACAGCUAUUGAUUUACUAGGUAAUGCUGUCAUUAAUGCUGCUGAAAGUGGUUCGCCAUUUCCGUUGAAAAGAAGGGACCAAUUGCUUGAUUAUAUUUUGACUUUAAUGGGCCGAGAUGAUGAUGAUGAUGGCUUUGCUGAUUACAAUGAACUUUUGCGUACUCAGGCCCUUGCCAUAAGUGCCUGCACUACAUUGGUCUCUGUGGAACCAAAACUAACAGUUGAAACUAGAAACCACGUAAUGAAGGCCACAUUGGGGUUCUUUGCUAUACCAAAUGAUCCAGUUGAUGUUGUCAAUACCCUUAUAGACAACUUGAUUACUCUUUUAUGUGCAAUUCUUCUGACUGGUGGAGAGGAUGGAAGAAGUCGAGCAGAGCUGCUAAUGCUUAUCUUGAGGCAAAUUGAUCAAUUUGUCUGUUCCCCUGUUGAGUAUCAGAGGAAAAGAGGCUGUCUUGCAGUCCAUGAGAUGCUUCUAAAGUUUCGAAUGGUGUGUGUUAGUGGGUAUUGUGCACUGGGAUGCCAUGGGAGUUGUGCACAUAACAAGCAAAUUGACCGUACUCUAUAUGGGAACUUUUCAAAGCUACCAUCUGCAUUUGUAUUGCCAAGUCGUGAAGCCUUGUGCUUGGGAGAUAGGGUAAUAAUGUACCUUCCACGUUGUGCAGACACAAAUUCUGAAGUCAGAAAGAUCUCAGCACAGAUUCUUGAUCUACUCUUUAGCAUCUCUCUUUCACUACCAAGACCUGCAGGUUCGUCUAUAUCUGCUGAAGAUAUAGAAUUGUCAUACAUAGCUUUAUCUUCUCUUGAGGAUGUUAUAGCCAUAUUGAGGAACGAUACCUCUAUUGAUCCAUCAGAAGUUUUCAACAGGAUUGUUUCCUCCCUCUGCAUUCUGUUGACAAAGGAUGAGCUGGUUGCUACACUGCAUGGUUGCUCCGUGGCUAUAUGUGAUAAGAUCAAGCAGUCAGCUGAAGGGGCUAUUCAAGCUGUUGUUGAGUUUGUUAUGAAGAGAGGGAGAGAACUGACUGAGAUUGAUAUCUCAAGGACAACACAAUCAUUGAUCUCUGCCACUGUGCAUGCAACUGAUAAGCAUUUGCGUGUGGAAACUCUUGGUGCUAUUUCUUCUUUGGCUGAAAACACUAGCCCAAAAACAGUUUUUGAUGAAGUUCUGGCUACUGCUGGAAGGGAUACAGUCACAAAGGAUAUAUCUAGGCUACGUGGUGGAUGGCCCAUGCAGGAUGCAUUCUAUGCAUUUUCUCAGCACAUGGUAUUGUCGGUAUUGUUUCUAGAACAUGUGAUAUCUGUCCUUAGCCAGAUUCCUAUCCUUAAAGGUGAUGUGGACAGAGUUGAUGAGAGCCAGGUUGAUAAUCAUACAGAGGAUGGUAAACUGCAAGCUGCAAUUUUUGCUCUUACAGCUUUCUUCAGAGGUGGGGGAAAAGUUGGAAAAAGGGCUGUUGAACAAAACUAUGCUUCUGUUCUUUCUGAGCUUACGCUGCAACUUGGAAGCUGUCAUGGUUUAACCUACUCUGGUCAGCCGGAACCAUUACGGAAUCUUCUUACUGCAUUUCAGGCAUUCUGUGAAUGUGUUGGUGACCUUGAGAUGGGCAAGAUUUUAGCGAGAGGUGGGGAACUUUCUGAAAAUGAAAGGUGGAUUACUCUUAUUGGAGACAUAGCAGGUUGCAUAUCUAUAAAGCGACCAAAAGAGGUACAAAAUAUCUGUAUAUUUUUGAAAAAAUCAUUGGAUCGGCCCCAGAAAUAUCAAAGGGAAGCUGCAGCUGCUGCAUUGUCAGAAUUUGUUCGUUAUAGCGGUGGACUCGGUUCACUUUUGGAGCAAAUGGUUGAGAUUUUAUGUCGGCAUGUAUCAGAUGAGUCUUCAACUGUUAGGCGAUUAUGUUUGCGAGGAUUAGUACAGAUCCCAUUGAUUCAUAUUCUGAAGUAUACAACUCAAGUCUUGGGUGUUAUAUUAGCUCUGCUAGAUGAUUCUGAUGAAUCUGUACAAUUAACUGCAGUAUCAUGCUUACUGAUGAUUCUCGAAUCUUCACCUAACGAUGCAGUUGAGCCUAUUUUGCUUAAUCUUUCAACACGGCUUCGAAAUCUUCAGACAAGCAUGAAUGCAAAAAUGCGAGCCAGUUCUUUUGCUGUAUUUGGAGCACUGAGCAGCUAUGGAAUCGGGGCACUGAAUGAGGCAUUUGUUGAGCAGGUACAUGCUGCUGUUCCUCGCCUGGUCUUGCAUCUUCAUGAUGAAGAUAUUAGUGUCCGGCUAGCCUGUCGGAACACGUUGAAACGAGUCUGCCCACUGAUGGAAAUUGAAGGACUGGUUGCCCUACUAAAUACCCAGACUUUCCUUUCUGAUCAUCGAAGUGACUAUGAGGACUUUCUCCGAGACAUUGCAAAGCAAUUUACUCAGCAUCUUCCCUCCAGAGUUGAUAGUUAUAUGGCGUCAACAGUGCAGGCUUUUGAUGCACCAUGGCCCAUAAUUCAGGCAAAUGCUAUAUACUUCUGCAGCAGCAUACUCUCUCUAUCUGACAGUCAGCAUAUUUUAGCUGUCUAUCAUACACAAGUCUUUGGUAUGCUGGUGGGGAAAAUGAGUCGAUCACCUGAUGCUGUUGUUAGAGCAACAUGUUCUUCUGCUCUGGGGUUGUUGCUAAAAUCGUCCAAUUCAUGUUCAUGGCGACCAGUUCAUCUUGAUCGGUUAGACUCAACAUUGAGGAACCAUGAUGCAGAAUCCACGAAAAAACAAGCAACAAUUCAAGAAUCAUGAUUAGUCAAGAGCAGUAUUGCUUUUAACAAUAAUAGUGUGCUGCCCUGCUUAUCCGUGGAAGGAUAAUGUGAAAGUUACCUGGCUGGGUGUAGAUCCCGUUGUCCUUCGGUACAUGUACAGUGUUUGGUGUUAGCAAUCACUUCUUUUGUAUCCUAUCCAUUUUUUCCAGGUCUUUUGUUGUAAAGCUUGAAAUAGACCUUCGAUUUCUUUCUUUUUCUUUUUACUUUUUAGAUGUACAUUCAUGUUCCUUAUGAUUGUGUAUAUUGUUGUAUAUUAAUUACACUUCCAUGAAGCAUCACGGAAGAGAUUUUUGUAUUUUUUUUAAUAAUAUUUUGUAUAAUUUAUCCUACUGUUUUGGACAUUUGGAUGAGAUAUAAUA